AUGGCUCAAUCCAACGCCAGGGGAGUUCUGUUGGCAGCGGCGGCGCUCCUGUUUGCGACGGUGAUGUUGCCGGAGGUGGCGGCGGUGCGUUACAUAGUAGGUGGCAACAUGGGCUGGAGCCAAAGUGUGAACUACACAAUUUGGGCUCAGGACAAGAAGUUCUACAAUGGGGAUUGGCUCUUUUUCGUGUACGAUAGGAACCAGAUGAACGUUCUUGAGGUAAACAAGACAAAUUUCGAGAGCUGCAACUCCGAGCAUCCGCUCCACAACUGGACUACGGGUGCUGGGAGGGACGUCGUCCCCCUCAACGUGACCAAGACGUUCUACUUCAUCAACGGGAAGGGGUUCUGCUUCGGGGGCAUGAAGGUGGCCAUCCAUGUUGAGUAACCUC